CACCCGCGCGCGGCGGCGGCCGGCGGGCAGCGCCCUUUUAAAUCCCCGGGCUCAUUUGCAUGGCCCCGCCCCCGCGGUGACACGGCUGGCGCGGGCGGGCCCGUCCCCCGUGCCCCUGGGUCGCUCUUUUUAAGCUCCCCUGAGCCGGGGCUGCGCUCCUCUAAUUGGGACUCCGAGCCCGGGCUAUUUCUGGUGCUGGCGCGGCUCCAGGAAGGCAUCCGCAUUUGCUCGCGGCGGCGGCGGCGCCAGGCCGGUCUCCGCGCCCAGCAGCGUCGCUCCCGGCAGGCCGGCGGCCGAGCUCGCGCACCCCAGCCUCCCUGUUGUACCUGCCGCAGCGAAGGGAAGGAAAGAUGAGCGAGUCAAGCUCCAAGGCCAGCCAGCCCCUGGCCUCCAAGCAGGAGAAGGAUGGCACGGAGAAGCGCGGACGGGGCCGGCCACGCAAGCAGCCUCCGAAGGAGCCCAGUGAGGUGCCGACGCCUAAGAGACCUCGGGGCCGACCGAAGGGGAGCAAAAACAAGGGCGCCACCAAGACGCGGAAAACCGCCACGGCUCCAGGGAGGAAACCAAGGGGCAGACCCAAAAAACUGGAGAAGGAGGAAGAGGAGGGCAUCUCGCAGGAGUCCUCGGAGGAGGAGCAGUGAGCAGUGACCCCCAAAGCCCGCGCCAGGAGCCGAUUCUUCUGGGACUGGACAGCUCCGCCCCCCAUCACCCCCGCACCCCCAGGCCUGCCCACCCGCCCACCCCCACACACUACACAGCACACCAGCCACCACCACGGCCCCUCCCCGGGCCCAGGAGGGGGCACUGUCCCCUGUGUUUCUCCCGCCACCCCCCACGGCCCCCAACAGCGCCACUUAGCUGCACCUUCAGCACCCACUUCAGCAGGACUCGGUUCUUGCUUGGGGGGCGUCCCUCCUGCCCCCCCUUCCCCCUGGCUUCUCACUAAGGGGCCUGGGUGGGCCCCCUUGGCCUUAAAAGGGGCCCCAGCCCCGUCAUUCUAACAUGCCCCCCCCCCCACUGGCGGCAGCAGAGGUGGCCCCGGAUCACACCCCACUCGCGUUUCCAGCGUGGCGCUCACCCACUUUUCCUUCUUGCCCGGCCUAGUGCCUGCAUUAGGUCGGACGCUGUGCGCGGGGUGCAGGAUGAGGGCACCCCCUUCUCUGUCCACGCUGGGCCUCCCCUCCCCUCCGCCCAACCCGGCCCCCCAAGGUUCUGGUUCCAUCUUUUCCUCUGUUCACAAACUACCUCUGGACAGUUAGUUGUGUUGUUUUUUGUUCACUGUUUCAUUCUUCAGCACCCUCAUUGCUGCUACCAGCGCCAAACAGCCCCCGCCCUGGCCCACCCACCCCCGCUCCGGCGGGCCAGUGGCCUGGGGCUGGAGGGCAGUGGGGGCACUGACCACCCCAGUUGCAGGGAAGGCGGGGCUCUGCCCCGGAUGCUCUGUGGAGUGAGGGGGGCUUUGUUGUCCGUGGAGGGUGGAAGGCCGCCUUCCCCCCUUCUGUUGGGGAGGAGGUAGCCAAUAUUUGUCCCAGCCUGGGGCCCCCUUCUGGUUUCCUAUUUGCAGUUACUUGAAUAAAAAAAUAUUCCUUUUCUGGA